UUCCUUCUCCACGACAUAAGGCGAAACAAACCCCCAAAUUGCCCUUGACAAACAAUCUUUGAUUGGGUGGGGGUAUUGACUGAGCUUAUUGCAUUUAAUUCCAUUAAUAACCCUGAAAAGGCGGCAUUGUAUAAUCGCAAGUCGUGAAUAUGGCAUAGAUCAAAGUGUAUACUCUAUCCGUGCAACUGCAAGAGCUUCGAGAAGAACAGCUGUUGGCUUCUACUCACAUAUAUAUUGUCAUACUUAGUUAUGGACCCGGGUUCUGUGGUUGGAAUCGUUCUGGGCGUGGCUGGUCUCGCUGGGCAAGUAUUCUCAGGAUGCAUCACAACAAUACAAUUUAUUAUUACGGCUAGAGAUAUCCAUAAAGAUCAGCAAUAUUUGGUUCUAAGACUACGGCUCGAGCAGGAGAGGUUGUUGGCUUGGAGUGAGGCGUCCGGGCUGUUGGAUUAUGGGCCAGAGAAUAGUUCAAAGUUGUUGGAGUCCAACGUCUUUGGACUUCACAGAUCAACUGUGCUCGAUCUGCUGAUUCAGAUAAAGGUCCUCUUUGAAGAUUUUGAGAUAACGCAAAAACGUCACAUGAGGUUACGUGCGGAGUAUGAAGAUACUGAGAACAGGCGGGUUCCCAAAGAGCGAGGACAAAAGCUGGGCUCAGCUCCAGAACUGCUGCUGGAUACCCAUGAGACUUCUGUUCCUCUCUCACCUACAAAGAGGAAAUACAUUAUGAAUGCACUAGAAACGUGGAAGAAUACAUCUAAGUCCGGGAUGAAGCGGCUUCGUUGGGCGGCUUUUGAUAAGGCCGACUUCGAGAUAUUGUUGCAACAGUUCUCUGUCUUGAAUGACAAUAUGACGGGCCUUCUUGACACGAGGUUGCAAAGAGAGAUAUGGAACACAACACAAGAUACGAAUAGAGCAGUGUUGCAAUUACACCAUGAACUUGCAGAUCUACAACAAAUUGUCAAGGCCACCUUUGCUAUGACAACUCUUUCUCUUCAAGGUCAAGUCACCACAGACCCUCCACCAUAUCAAACCACCCACAGCAAAAAGAACAAUGCCAGUGGGCUCGAGACUCUUGCACAGUUAGCUAGGUUCAAGGCAUUCAAUGAGUCAAUUGAAGCCGACGCUCCGCCUGACUACAAUACCGCUAGCAUUCUUAAACUCGGUGACCCCAGUGCCGAGAAGGUGGCCAUGAAAAUCCGCAGAUCUGCUAUCACGUUUAACUCCGACGUUCGGGCAUCCCGCUGCGAAGCUACCUAUCUAGUUGAUGGUAUUAGCCGAUGCGUUUGGAUCGAAUGGAAAGAAUAUGAGUGGGCUCCUUCAAGCACACCAGGCCCAUCCCCGUUGAUUAUCGACCGGGCACAGAAACUCGCUGCUCUCCUACAUCAUAAGCCCAAACCAGCACAUUUCCGUGUUCCACAUUGCCUUGGAUACUUUGACAAUGCAGAAAUAAACAAGGAACCCAAACAAACCUCAGACUCGGAUUCUGAGUCGGAUGAGGGAAAGGAAGAGGGUGAAGAUGAAGAUGAAGAUGAUUGGGCUUUCCGCAUCGGCUUCGUCUUUGAGAAACCACAUGGAGUAGACCCAUCCACGCCGCCAGUUUCGCUUCUGCAACUCCUACAAGAUACUGAACUCUCAAAUCCAAGCAUCACCGACCGUGUUGAUCUUGCAAAGGCACUGGCAAACUGCAUUCUGUAUCUUCAUUCUGUUAAUUGGCUCCACAAGGGACUCCGAAGCGAUAACAUUAUCUUCUUCCCACGUACCGGCCGUGGUGUUCAGCAGAACCGUACAGCAGACCUGGACUACAGCGAACCCUAUCUCUCUGGGUUCGACUUUGCGCGGCCAGCACGACCUGGUGAAUUCACCGAGCAACCGGCGGAUGAUGUGGAGUUUGGCAUUUACCGCCAUCCGUCAACACUCAACAUGGGUCCAGAACGACCUGCGUAUCGGAAAAGUUUCGAUAUAUACUCUUUUGGAGUUAUCUUGGUCGAGCUGGCAUACUGGUCUAGUAUCGAUAGGGUAAUGGCUCGGCUUCAUACCGAGAGUCUGCAGCAUUCUCGCAGCAGCAUCGCGGGGGGCGAGGUUUUUGAUCUGGAGCGUGCACGUGGACACCCGAAGCUAGUUGAGACUAUCCGGGCAAAACUUCUGGAUGACAGCAGUGUGAGCGAGUUAGGCGCGAGGAUGGGGGGGGUGUAUAAGGAGGUUGCUCGAAGAUGUUUGCGAGGCGGCAAGGAGUUGGGGAUUGAGGAGGGUGAAGAUGAGACGGGAGGGGAGGUGGCUGCGACAUUAAGUAUGACAUUUUAUGAAGAGGUUGUUAAGAAGUUGGAGGGAAUACAAGUGUGAUCAUUCCAGAGAAAAUUGUAUGUAUG